UCGCCGCAUUGGCUAGCCGGGGCUUCAGUUUGAGUCGCUGCUCCUGACCGGUUCAGGAAAAGUCGUCAGUAUCACCCAUUUGUUGUGCUACUGGGAAGGAAGGGGUUCUUCUCAUCAUAUGUUGUCGUUUCUCUUUGCACGGUCAUACGCGCGUCGCGGCCGGCGGGCGAACAUGCUGCGACUCCGAGGACGUUGCGCAGUGCAUGCCGCAUGCGUACGCCGCCGUCUCAUCCAUGAAUACUACCAACCGCGGUGUUUCCCUCGCACGUACAGUGCAGGGCUCGUCCGCCUUCAUCUUCCCUCUUCAAGACUCCGCCUUAGCCUUCGGCACAGCGUCCUUGCUUCGAUCGUCGUUGUGCUGCCCAUUCAGUAUCAUCACGGUCGUUCUUUAUCACUCUUAUCUGCCGUUAUCUGCCGCAUCGAUACUCAUCGACCGCAUGGUGCUGACCAUUUUCAGCCGUUGCUUUGUCCUCGAGUGGACCCACAAUUGCCCAAAUCCGGCAACCGAGGUCGCAUCGCGCCCUUGCGGAUCGUGGCUGCGAGUCAGGUGGGCCGUGCGAAUCUUUGGCCAUGGCCAUUGUUCCAAU